GUUGCCAAGUAGGCAGAAAUAUCAACCAAAAUAGUGGAGUAAAUUGAUCACUAGAUCAGCUUGAUUGGGAAAAAUGUAUGUAAAGUCUUGAUUGUAAUUCAAAUAUCUCAAGAUUUCCCCUUUCUUAUUUGUUUUAAACUUGUGCGUCUAGGUUUUGGAGUCCAACUAGUAUUUCCAGCCCUGCGCAGUACGCAAGUACAUUCUUCGGCGGCUGUAUGAAUUUCUGCAUCUGAAUUUCCCUUCAGUUAGAGAAAAUGUCAGAUGCAUGGGAGGAUAUCCAAGCAAUCAAAAGCAAGAGAAACAGCUUGCGAGAAAAAUUACAGAAGAGGAAAAAAGAAAGACAAGACAUUCUUAAUCAGUCUGCAAGUAGUGUAUCAGCAGAUAAAAUACUAUCUGCGGACACUUUAGGCAUUAUCAAGAUAGGAUCACCUAUUAUUUCCAAAAGCUUAGAUGAAAUUGAUGGUUCUGAAAUCAGCGAUGACUCAUCAAAAUGUGAUCCAACGGCCGAGCAGCAUCUAUUAAACUGUCUCACGGAGCUAGCUCUAUCAUUGCCAGUCACAUCGUUAUUUUUAACCACCACAGUCUCCAAAAUGCAGCCUGGCUCAAUCUUGAUCACUCAUACUGGAAUUGUCAACUUACUUCAAAAAUUUGCCACUCAAAAGCUUAUCAAUGUUAAAGAAAGCACUCAAAAUGGAAUCGCUGUUUUAGAAGUUACCUCGGUUGAACACUCAAAGCUUCAAGCCAUGGUCAAUGAGCUCUCCAGUAAAAACCAGUCAGACAGUGAGUCAGAAGUGUUGAACAAAGACUCGUCUGAUGAAACCAAAAGAAAGAAAGGGAGCACCGACCCUGAAGAGUUGGAGCCGGCACCAAAAGUAUUGAAGUCAAAUGGAAAAGUAGAACAGACUUCAGAUUUCGGGAAAAUAAAAGAUAAAAAAGAGACAGAAACUACAGAUAUUAUGUCCUUGUUGUCUAUGCCAUCAGCUCGGGAAAAAGAGGUGAAAAAAGUGGGUGAAGAGAUACUGGAUCUUCUCAAUAAACCGACUGCGAAAGAAAGGUCUUUAGCGGAACGUUUUCGAUCACAAGGAGGUGCUCAAGUUAUGGAAUUUUGCCCACAUGGAACGAAAUCUGAAUGUUUACGGGUUGGAAAUGAGCACUGUAAAAAAUUGCAUUUCAAGAAAAUUAUCCAAAGUCAUACGGAUGAAUCUUUAGGUGAUUGUUCCUUUUUGAACACAUGUUUUCACAUGGACACUUGCAAAUAUGUUCAUUAUGAAGUGGAUGGCUCUACAACGUCAAAAGAUCCUCUGCUGGAUGAGAGUCUGCAAAUCGUUGAAAAGAAGCUUUUAGUUCAAGAUAAAACAAUACUGUAUCCUCCACAGUGGGUGCAGUGUGAUCUUCGUUACUUAGACAUGACUGUUUUAGGUAAAUUCGCUGUUAUUAUGGCAGAUCCACCGUGGGACAUACACAUGGAGUUACCAUACGGAACUAUGUCGGAUGAUGAAAUGCGACAACUCGGGAUCCCGCAGCUGCAGGAUGAUGGUCUUCUUUUCCUCUGGGUUACUGGACGAGCAAUGGAACUUGGCAGAGAGUGUCUAAUGUUGUGGGGCUACGAACGUGUAGAUGAAUUAAUUUGGGUGAAAACAAAUCAGCUGCAAAGGAUAAUCAGAACUGGGCGGACUGGUCAUUGGCUCAACCAUGGAAAAGAACAUUGUUUGGUUGGCAUGAAGGGGAAUCCGAUGAAUUUAAAUAGGGGUCUUGAUUGUGAUGUAAUUGUAGCUGAAGUUCGAGCCACGAGUCAUAAACCAGAUGAAAUCUAUGGGAUAAUCGAAAGACUCUCUCCUGGUACCAGAAAAAUAGAACUUUUUGGGAGACCUCACAAUGUUCAACCGAAUUGGAUCACUCUAGGAAAUCAAGUGGACGGAGUUCGAUUGGUAGAUCCAGAACUGAUACAAGCAUUUAAAGAACGCUAUCCUGAUGGAAAUUGCAUGGUGCCUCCCAAAUCAUGACUAAAUUAUGUUUAACUGUUUGAAAGUCUACUGUCUGUGAUACUAAUUUGUAAUUUUAUACUUAAGUGUAUGUACAGUGUCCCCAAUUGAUUGUUUUUAUCAUGUAUUAAUUUAUUAAAUUGAUCUUUGUAUAAGAA